AUGUUCACGACACAUGGCGCCGAACUGGUUUUGGCUUCCAGAGAGACCGAACUAGCCCUUUUCAAUGGGACAACAGAGUUUUUCCCCACUGCAAUAACCACAGCGGAGCCCAGAAGUAAUGGUUCCUGUGGGGAGCAGCGGACCCUGGAUCUGGACUUGACCAAGACUGUGAUCGUCGGGCUGAUGCUCAGCUCCAUCACCGCGGUCACUGUCAUGGGAAACACGCUGGUUGUGAUCGCGGUUUGUGUGGUGAAGAAGCUUAGACAGCCGUCCAACUAUCUGCUGGUGUCUCUGGCCAUAGCUGACCUCUCCGUGGCCGUGGCCGUGAUGCCCUUUGCCAUUGUGACCGACCUGACCGGAGGAGUCUGGCUUUUUGGAGAGGUCUUCUGCAACAUCUUCAUUGGGAUGGAUGUCAUGUGCUGCACAGCAUCAAUAAUGACACUGUGUGUGAUCAGUGUGGAUAGAUACCUUGGAAUCACUCGUCCUCUGACCUACCCUGCGAGACAGAACGGACAGCUGAUGGCCAAGAUGAUAGUCAGUGUCUGGUUGGUGUCGGCAUCCAUCACUCUGCCGCCAUUCUGCGGCUGGGCACAUAACGUCAACACUGCGGGAGUGUGUCUGAUCAGUCAGGAUGUGGGCUACACCCUCUACUCUACUGCUGUGGCCUUCUACAUCCCUAUGGUGGUCAUGCUUUUCAUGUAUUACAAGAUUUUCAAAGCUGCUCGCAGAAGUGGGGCCAAACAUAAUUUCACUUCACUUCCUCCAAUUCAGUUGGCCUGUCCCGAACCAGCUUUGGCCACUGUAGAUGGGUUCUGCAUGCACGGGAUGAAGAAUGGUGCAACCUCUGAGGAGUUUUCCACCCUCUCCUGCUUGUUGAAUCGUGAACGGCGGAGCGCAUCGAUUUUCAGGCGUGAGCAGAAGGCAGCAACGACUCUUGGAGUGAUCAUGGGGGUUUUUUCAUUCUGCUGGUUGCCGUUUUUCCUCUUCACCACAGCACGACCGUUCAUCUGUGGGGUGCUCUGUAACUGUGCCCCUGUCUGGCUGGAAAGAGUACUGCUGUGGUUGGGCUACACCAACUCACUCAUGAACCCUUUCAUCUAUGCCUUUUUCAACCGAGACCUACGUUCUACAUAUAAAGACCUGCUGCGCUGCCGUUAUAGAAACAUCAACCGGCGACUCUCAGCUAUGGGAGUGCAUGAGGCUUUAAAACUCUGA